UUUUUUACCAGGGAAAUGCACAACUAAAGGUAGAAUUAGUGCAGCUGGAGUAAGAUAUUUUGGAAUAAGAAAGGAUCAAAGGAUUAAAGACGAGAAAUAGAGGCCCUGGGAUAAUGGUAAAUAGGAUUAAACAGUAAAACUGGAGAAGGCUGCAGGUGACAGGGAGAGAGGAAUCAGAGAACAGAGUAAUUUUACACUCCCGCAAAAAGAAAGAGGACACCUCAACAACCCGCUUACACGGAAGGCUAUCACAUGUCACCUGGUUUUUCACCUGAAAUACCGCACGAUAAUUCAGAGCGACAGAUAGAUGGUGUGCUAAGCAGAGCGAUGUAUCUGAGAGACUGGGCACGCCGGUGUACAAAAAUGAACUGAAAGAAUUAUAGAAGGAAGGAUAUUACAACCGAUUAAUUACGUUUGAAGAAACGGGUCCACUGGAACGCGAAGGAAGGAAACACACAAAAGGACCACUGUUCCACAUAAAACUCCUUUUGUUGUGCCAGCAAGCUCUGCUAUUAAUUACAAAGCAUUGGCAGUUUAUUAAAAUCUGUGAGCUAUAAUCCACAGCAUGAACGAUUAGAGCAGCCUGCAGCAUCUGGGACAAGUACAAAAAAAAGUGGACAAGUACAAAAAAAAGCCAAUCUGAAGUACGAAGUCUUCAGAACAUGACAAUUAUUUUCUGAGGUACCUCUGGAUGAUUGCAAUUAAAAGAUUUACCAAAGCGUUGUGUAGGUAAGUGAAGAGGUUUGGGAACUGGGACAUUGAAGCUGACGUCAGUGACUGCUUCUCGCGGAUUUAGGUGUUUUAGAUAUUUGGUCCACUUCAAAUCUGUCAGGAGCAGAUCUAAACAAAAGUGCCUCUGUUGCUUCCAGUUCAGAGUUAUUGCAAAAAUAAACAUUCAGAAGUUUCACAGUGAGAAGGAAAUCAACCUGAAAGAACAAAAAUGCCCACAAACGGUACCCACCAAGCUUUACGGAUCCAGUUUGGCUUAAUCAAUUGUAGCAAUAAGUACCUUACAGCAGAGGCGUUUGGUUUCAAAGUCAAUGCAUCUGGUGUCAGUCUGAAGAAGAAGCAAAUCUGGAUGCUGGAACAGGAUGAAGGGAACAACUCAGUGGUCUUUUUCAAGAGCCACCUUGGGCGGUACCUGUUGGCUAAUAAGGAUGGCAAUGUGUCAUGUGAGGCAGAGAAACCUGACACUGACUGCAGAUUCACCGUUAUUGCACAUGCCGAUGGCAGAUGGACUCUGCAGUCUGAACCUCAUAAACGGUACUUUGGUGGAUCUGAAGACCAUCUCUCAUGCUUUGCACAGACUAUCACUGAGUCCGAACUUUGGUCCAUCCACCUCGCCAGCCACCCUCAAGCCAACCUUCUAAGUGUCAGUCGCAAAAGAUACGCCCAUCUGUCAGCCCGAGAAGGUGAGCUGUCAGCUGACAGUGACAUUCCUUGGGGCGUGGAUGCUCUCAUCACCUUGAUUUACCAAGAGAAGAAGUACAGCAUCCAAACCUGUGACAAUAGGUUUCUCAGAAAUGAUGGAAAGCUGAUUAAGAAACGUGAUCAGGGCACUGGCUACACUUUGGAAUUUAAAGCUGGGAAGAUCGCCUUCAAGGAUCAUGAAGGAAAAUACUUGAGUGCAAUGGGACCAACUGGUAUGCUAAGAUCCGGACGAAAUUCCAAGCCUGGUAAAGAUGACCUCUUUGAUUUGGAGCAGAGUCAUCCUCAAGUGAUUUUACGAGCUUCAAAUGGCCGCCUGGUGUCCAUCAGACAAGGUAUCAAUAUCUCAGCCAAUCAGGAUGAAGAAACAGAUCAGGAAACUUAUCAAAUGGAAAUAAACAAAGAAACUAAAAAAUGCAUCUUACGUGCACAUACAGGGCAUUUCUGGACAUUGGUGAAUCAUGGAGGAAUCCAAUGCACUGCUUCUGAAAUAGAUGCCAACUGUAUGUUUGAAAUUGAAUGGCGUGAACGAAGAAUAGCAAUCAAGGCUAACAAUGGCAAAUAUAUUUCUACAAAGAAAAAUGGACAUCUUGCAUCAGUGAGUGAUUCAGUGGGGGAAGAUGAGGAGUUUACAUUGAGGCUCAUUAAUCGGCCCAUCCUAGUAUUACGAGGAGACCAUGGAUUUGUCUGUCACCACAAAAGCUCCAGCACACUUGACGCAAAUCGGUCAGUUUAUGAUGUCUUUCACCUCGUAUUUGAGAAUGGAGCUUAUCAUAUUAAAGGCUCUGAUGGCAAGUUCUGGUACACUUCCAGUACUGGGACAAUCUGUACUGACAGUGUCAUUCCUGAAGACUUUUACUUAGAAUUCCGAGAUCAUGGUCGACUGGCUAUCAAAGCAAAGAACAAAAAGUAUCUGCGAGGAAAUCAAGCAGGCACACUUAGGGCGGAUGCUGAUGAAGUGGACAAUUCAACAUUAUGGGAAUAUUAAAGGAUAGAAGCAGCCUCAGUAGAACAUAGGAACUCUAACUGUAUUCCUUGCCAUCAACCUGAAGGACAGAGAAAGCAUAAGUGGAGGAUUGUCUGCAGAGAUUGAUAUUCAAAUGUUGAUUCUUUUCCUUUGAUAAAGCCAGCAUUUCAAUUUGUAAUCGGUAAUAUGGAGCAAUUUAAAAUCUCACAAUAUAAAUGUUUAGCACUUUGAUGAGGUAUUGAUAGCUGAUACGUUUGACAUCACUGUCUCAUUCAAGGAUGUUUAUUUCUUGGACUUUGUUUUUUGAUAUUUAAUACGGGAUAAGAUUUUUUUCAAACUCACACUAGUUUAUGUUAACUGAUUGUUUUGUAGUUAUCAGCAUUAUUUGUAACACGAUUACUUGACUAUUGAAUAGAUAUUGCAGCAGCAUAGCACAGAAAGGUGAAAUAAAUUACUCAUUUUAUAAAAUCCAACAUAAUUCAAAUCCAUUGUAACUGACAGAGAAGAUUGUUUUACUUAAUGAUGAUGGCAGAUAAAUUAAGUCUAAGACAAAUAGAAUCUAAAUUGGCUCAAAAAUGUGAUUUCUUUUUAAAUAAAAAUGCUUUUAAAAAAAACUUUGCUUUGACACAGUAUAGGCUUGCAAUACAGAACUCAGCCAGCAUUCCCAGUUCUGAUCCUGAUAUUCAUUAAAUUACUUGUGCUGGAAUGUGCUUGUCUGUUGAUCUCAGACUCAUAGUUAGGUAUCUCCCAUAUCCCCACUAUACAAAUUGCCACUUCAACCAGGUACUGGAGGAUUGCCAGUGUCAGUACAAUCAUACCAUGUUAAGAAUUUCUAUUUCCAGAAAAGCAGGAAAGCAAUGGGAAAAAAACUAUCAGGAGAUUGAAAAAAAGAGUAACCACAGCUCAUGGGAUUAAUCAAAAUGAUUAGAAAUACUUUAAACAUUUGGGGUCCAGCACACAUUUCUUGAAUAUCUCAAGUUUAUUUUCUACAACUCUAUCAUAGUUGCACUUUGUUGAUCUCUAUUGUCCCCUGAUCACUAAGACCAAAGCCACAGGCAAUUUCUCAGUGAUAUGACAAUUCAGAUCUAUCUUUGAUUGUGCUAGACAGAUUUGGCUUACCACUUCACAUACACAUAUCUGUGUGCAAGAUUUUUGUCUAUUUUCAUUUGUAAUUGUGUAUCUGGAUUGUUUAUAUAGUUAAACUAGUUUGAUUUGUUUCAUGUUACAGAAAACUUUUUCCUGGUAAAUGUUACUGUAAGUUAGGGCACACCAUUGAAGAAAUCUAAGCAGUGUCCUGUUUGAGAGUUAAUGAGUACAGUCAAUGCCAGUCAUCCUGUGGAAUGCUCCAUUGUUACUUUGGGGUACUACUGCUUCAGUGUUUAGAGUAACUUGAUCAAAAACCAAAUUAUGAAAACAAAUACAUUUAUCAUCAUAUUUAUAAUAAAAUAGGAGCUGUGACUGAAGUUUUAAUAGAGUUCACUGGAUCAUUGCAAUACUUUAUACAACUAAAGGUUGAUUUGUGAUCUGUGACGUUUCAGGUUAUCACACUGUUUGCAACUCCUUCCCCACUAUAUGGACAUUUUUAACAUCAGGUAAUUAGCAGUGUAUAAAGUAGAUGCACCAAGAUUGUCACUGAUGAUUUGCUGACUGGGACAAGCACAUUGACCACUCUCUUGUGCAAAAUGGAAUUUAGUGACAGCAAUUCUUCCAUCCUGCAGGUUUCCCAAUGUCCAAGGCAAAAAUGAAUGAUCCAUGUAAAUAUUUAGAUUUCCAGAUAUAAUGAAAUGGACUUUAUGAAUGAGGAAUCCCUUCAUUAAUAAACAAGUGAAUAGUACCUGACAGCACAUCAUUAUGCAGGUCAGUUUUACAUUAAGGCAAUCCUGUGCCUGGGAAGAAGGUAGAAUGAAUGAUGGGCUCUCAGCAGGCUCAUAAGUUUCCUUUGAAAACGUGUGGUGAGCAAUUCAAAGCAGAUAAAGAAAAGGCCAUGCA